AAGACACAGCGCCGGGCGUCUUGCUUUUUCGAAGACUCAUUUUUUCAAUAUAGAUAUACAGCGUUAAUAUUUUCAUUGAGAUUCUUCAGAUCAUUAAUUUGCUUGUGUCACAUUGAUACUUUUCGAUCAUGGCUUUUCUGAUAAUUUCAUUUUACUAAAUUUGUUACAUGAUCACGGCCAACUACACGACUACGACGUUAUUUUAAGACACACAUUAAUAUCAAGAUGAUCUUCCUGCGUGGGGUCGUGGGCCUCUCAGUGGGCCUCGCAGCUUUUGUUAAGGCUCUAGUGGACGAGCAGGUCGUAAUCGAAGAUUUAGCCCCGAAAAUGAGGAAGGACAAGGCAUCGGAGAAUCAAAGUACGGGACCUACUCCGGACAACAAGAAGAAUGUAGCAUCGUCCAAGACUAAGAGUAAGAAAGAGGAGUUGUUAAAAAAGAAGGACGAGAUGGAGGGUGAAAGUGCGGCUGCAGCAGCAUCAACAUACUCUACAAAGUCAAAUAAAGCUUCCGGCGGAGAUGAAAACGUCAAAUCGUCUGAUAGCACGACGAGUAAAGGGAAGAAGAAAUCAGCAUCCACCGUUGGAUCUGGAGAUGAUGCAUCUUCAUCAAGAAGUUCGAGCGACAAGAAGAAAAGCGCCGCCGCAGCCACUAAAUCCUUCGAAAACGUUGAGUUCGAGAGCAUUCCGAUCGCUAAACCGUUUCAGAUUAUCCAGCCUACUCCUGACCAUAAAAGCAUGCGCGUAAACGCGGGCAAUCUGGCUAGGCUGAGUAGCGUGAAGCAUAAGAUCUCGCUAGUGUCGGUCGUUGGGCCGUACCACAGCGGCAAGAGUUUUCUCCUCAACGCAAUGUUGGGUAAUAUGCGAGCGUUUAGUGUAGGCCCGAAGACGAGCCCCGAAACAAUGGGAAUCUGGCUCUGCCGAACCAAUAUCACCUCCGCGGUGGACGGAAGCGAAAUCUGGCUCAUGGACAGCGAAGGUUUCUUCGGUCCUGGCAUCGACGAAGCCUACGACGCAAAAAUCUUUACCAUCGCCACACUCUUAGGGAGCCACUUAGUGUACCUUUAAUGAUUUGUGGGCCUAGUCCUCCCAGGAGUGGUCCUCGUUGGACCUGUAAAUAAGUGGCUAUUAUAGUAAUCGUGCAGCCGAGUAAAACGUUGUUCUCGUGUUGCUGAAUAGAGAUUCAAUAAAAUCUUCGAAAUUAUAUUUCAAUCCUUCAACAAGAACAACGUCUCCAAAAUGAAACUUACUUCAGGUACAACACGGUAAAAGUGAUCAACCAGCAGGCAGUGAAUAUGUUGGAGAUGCUAGCACGCAGAGCACAAUUGUUCAAGACGAAAUCGGGACAAGUAGCUACCGACGAUGGCGCCAUUACCCCUGACUUCUUAAUGCAAAUGAACUUUCCUAGCCUUACCUGGAUUGUCGAGGACUUCACGCAGGAUCCAGGUAUUCAACGAAUAAUAUGAAGAUACAACUGAUUCGUUUUUGUAGGCAUGAUCUACUAAUUGCUCACACCUCCAACUCGUGAUGUUGUUCUUGACCCAACAUUGUUCAACCAUAUUUUCCACUAUUUACAACACCAUAUAGAUAUUCAACACCGAGGACUAUUUUUCGCUAGACAACGUAGACUUACUUACACACUUACUCACUUCCUUACUUCAAAAAUCACAGGAGAGAGCUCUCUCCUCGAUUGGUUGCGCUCGUACCUCUCACACGAGAAGGGAUCAAAUGUCAAGGACGGUGACCAUGCAGUGGUGACGUCGACGGCAGGUGGGAAGCAGGAUCACUACUUGAGCCGUCUGUUUAACGAUAUCUCCGUGAAAGCUUUGUUUCUGCCGGCUCUCACUAGAGUAGAUUUGAACGACUUGUCAAGGUUGGAGUACAGUCAGCUCACAGCGGAGUUUCGCGAAGGUACUACUUUAUUGCAACUUCUUAAGGAUUUGCAUCUGCUCUUCCUCUUGUUCGUGCUGGCAUGAUGAUCUUGUAUUCACGAGUCGAAAUUAUUGAAAAACAUCAUCUAUUUCGUGUCUCACCAUUCAACAUACUCUCAUCAAAAGCUAAUUUUAUUAUUUGAAAACAAAUUCUGAAUCUAAUACUAAUUGUAAUUCGACUGAUUCAUUAUCUUGUUGUGUGAAAAACACGCCAGAGCUCGAACAAGACGUGAAGCCGCACAUUUUCCGACGCGUAAAGAGCAAAUCUUUCUCCGCCACUCGCGAGCAUAUGACGGGUAUAGAACUGCAGAAAGCGAUCCACUUUAUCGUGAAUGCUCUGCAGACAGGCGUUUUUCCAGAACUGCCCAGUCUGUGGGCGAGUUGGACAACUCAAGUCGCAGAACAUUCCUUGUACGACAGUGAGCGCUGGUUCCGCACCAUGGUAUUAGAAACGAAAGAAGGAAACGAGGUAACGGGGGGAACCGCAGUUUCGGAUACAACCGGCACAGGUUUCUAUCACUAUUGAGGCUUAGUUCCUAGUGUGGAGGCUUCCACUGACUCUAGUUUGGUGAGCUCUUCUUCCCCUUCUGAUUUCAGUGUCGAACCUGAAACUGCGUAGGAAUUUCGACAAAAAUCUCUAUCUAAACAACUCACAACAGAUGUUGAUGUCACCAGCAUUGGCGGAGGCGAGCUCCGCCACAUGCCUCCCUCCGUCGGGGUGUUCAACGACCGCAUCGCCCUUGCUCGCGACCGCACGUUGAAGUUUUAUACUGAGUUGCUGAAGGAUUUCGACGUUGCACCCGAUCUAGAGGGUUUGCAGACGAAAAUGGCGGCCAUCGUGAAGCAAGCGGUGUCUCAGUAUGCAGCUAAAGUCCAUCGUUUUGUGCGGUCAUUGGUCGACGAGUUGAAAGAGGUCUACAAAGCGAAAUUGGGACAGCUUAGCCUCCCCCACGAGCCCGAAACUCUGCGACGUACGGUUCAGGAAGAAUCCGCCCUGCAGGUGCGGAAUUUGACGACUACAUGGACCUCACUAUCGUCAAUGACGAUCGUAUCAACGACACCAGUUGGUGAUGCUAGUAGUGGUUCGUCAAGAACAUCAUCUUCUUCAUCUGGCGCAGUAGCUCCAUCUUCAUCUUCUUCAACGACGUUCACUAGGAACGCCCCUGUAGAACCUCUCAAGGAACUCCCGUGGACCGAGAAGAACCCUAUGACCACUCUUGCUGCCGAUUUGGAGUUGAUGGCAGUCGCGAAGCAUGCGGAAAACGAAAAAGUAGUCCAGAGCAUUUUCCAAAACGCCGUACAAGCGGCUCUGACAGCGUGUGACUCCGACUUGACGUCAAGGGAACAACAGCUCUACGGAAAAGCGGCGAUGAAAGAAUUCCGGGAAUUGACGCGACUAAACGCGGAGAAAUUAUUCGAAAACCAUCUGAAGGGAGAGACGUGGUUCCAGUUUCACGCGCUCUAUAAGAGUCAGCUGGCACUUGUCAAACAAGAGGUGCUGACAUAUUUUUUAUGUUGGUAAGGCUAAUUAGUAAGUACUAUUUUCAUGUUCAUCUAGUUCUUGUUGUAGUAGAAGUACAAUUGGUGGUGGUUGUAUUGUUGAAGAUGAUAUAUGUAGAGACUCUUGUCGCAACUACAACAUUUACAUCACUGUUCCCAUCAUGAUCAUCAUAGUUCCUCUCUUGUUCUUUGUUCUCUUCUUCUACUUCUACAACUUCGCUGCAACUAAAACAAACUAGGUCGACGUUAAGCUGACUCGUUUCGAGGAUUUGAAUCAACAGCGACUAGCGGUGCACAUGCGGGAAGUGCACGAUAAAGCUCUGCAGUAUUACAAAACAAAGAAGCAAGAUUUGAAGAUGCCUAUGGACGAAGAAAAGCUUGCUUCUGCGCAUGGGCUGGUGCAACAAGAAGCGGUUGACCUUUUGGGGAAAAGUGUAGAGGAUUUGAAGGAUACGAUCCAGUUCACGGAAACAACAGCCAACUUGGAACGAAAAAUCAUGGCUGAAUGGACUCGCAUGACCCAGAAAAACAUCGAACUGUGGAAAAUACACAACGACGAAGUCACGCAGUGCGCAUACCAAAAAAAUCAUAUCGCAAGAAACGUACUUACUUCACUUUACCUAGUCACUUUUUCAAGAUGAGAAUGAUGUUUACGAUGCCAGCAUGGCUAUUUGUUCCAUCUCUCACGCAAUUUUUAUCUAUCAGUACUAGAAGGUUCGAGAUCUGCAUUGUUCUCAUAGCUUGCGUUCACGUUCACAUCAAUGAUCCUUUCAGGAAUGCGGCGUUGUGUGCUUGCAUAUGAUAAUUCCGUUUUUGCACCGAUCAGUGGCGCAGCAGCAUCUAAUGGAUUGUUUUAAGAUAAAGGAGAAGACGUCCGGCAGCGUGCACAUGGGCCCCGGCAUGCAGCAGAAAAUCUUCGAUUCCUGGUACGAGAAGGAGCUGGCGUACGAAAGCAAUUCCACUUGGAACAAUUUCGUGAUGAUCUUCGGCACGCUCGCUUUUGGCUUCUUGUUCUUCAUGUGGCAGCGAGGGGGCCUGAUGGGACUGUUUUUUGGUCGGGGAGCAUCAUGUGCAGGAGCAGGAGGUGCCUAUGGUUCCUACGGCCCCAACGGGAUGCUUCGAGGCAAGAUGCAGGAACCAGGGCCAACGAUUGGAGGUAUGCCCAAUCAUUCACCAGGGCCGAUGAUGAACGGCGGUGGACCUAGCGGCAUGAUCAACAUGAAUGGACCUAGUGCUGGUACGCCAAAUAUGCCGACUCCCGCAAGCAAUAAUAUCGGAGGGGGACGCAUGUCUCCAGGGUCGUUCCUCUUUGGCAACUCAACCCCAGGCGCAGGCUACAGCACGCCGCAAGGCACUCCGGGUGGCGGUUCGUAUGGAGCACCCUCAUCACAAACACCUAGUCAUCAAGGGGGCUUUAGCAGCCAAUCAAUACCAGGAAGUGGUGAUCCACGAACACCAGCAGGAGGCGGAGGUUUUAACUCAGGUCUGCGAUCACAAAGUGGUUUGCGAGGACGAUUUUAAACUCGACAUCGCUGUUGGUCCGAUCCUCAAUUUUCCCCUUAUAUCCUCCACAUGUUGUUGUAUGAAGACGCUUAUAUCAUGAUCAUGUAAUUGUAAAUAUAUCUGAAUGCGCAUAUUAAAGAACACUUUUUUAGAUACACUGAUAGGAAGCAGCAACUUGUUGCACUUUGAAAUGUUUGAGAUUCUCGCCUGCACGGAAAUACAAUCGGUCGGGUUGAGAAUCGACUUUGAUCCUUGAUAUCCACAUUUAAUGAUUUUGGUCUGUCCCAAGAAGAAUUGCAU